AUGGCUCUCUCAAAGCUGGAAAGACUGGAAGUCAUAGAAGAAGAUUUUCUAUUGUGUAAGAUAUGUUCAUAUUCCUACACGGACCCACGCAUUCUUCCCUGCCUUCAUAGUUUUUGCAAAGAGUGUCUGGACCAGUGGACCACGAAAAACGAUGGAUUAUUUACGUGCCCAACUUGCUGUAAAAUGUGUCAACUUGAGGCUGGUGGAACCGACAGGCUUCCGUCUUCCAAUCUAUUAAUAGAUUCUCUUGUUAGUGUUGUACAGGAAAUUAGAAAUACUACCACACCAACAGGAAUAAGCAUGUCGUGUGCUUCAUGUGAGUCGAUGGUCGGUAAACGUAAGUGUGAGGAAUGCACAGUUGAUUUAUGUGGGGCAUGUAUUUCAAAACAUGCUGAUAAAGAUAAUUCAAAGUGCUCACGGUCUUUGUCACAUGAACUGCAGGAAGAACAACUCUUAUGUGCAUCAAGUAGUGAGUAUCGAAUAGAGGCGAGUUGCUCCAAACACCCAGACAACAACGUGGAAAUGUACUGUAUUACGUGUGAUAUUUCUAUAUGUAAGGAAUGCUCUCUUGUUGAACAUUGUGUUCCUGAACACCAACACAAAAAAUUGGGAGACGCUGUAGCCGAGAAGAAACAUCAGACUAGAGUUUCAUUAACAGCUCUGCGUGCUAAGACAAGGGUCAUUGAUCGAACUGAAAAGGCAGUAAAAAGUGAGCUGGACACACUUGCAAAACAUAAGGAAGAAGCUGAAAAAAAGAUCACGCAGCACUUUGAAUGCGUGAUCAGUCACGUGACGCAGAUGAAGGACAGAGCAUUGGAUUCAGUUGAUGAGAUUAGCCAGUCUACUGCUGAUUCGCUAAAUUCUCAACUUCGAAAACUCCAGGCAAGCAAUUCGCUAAUAAAGAAAACAUUAGACUUUUCUGAAAAACUGAUGCUAUAUUCAAGUCCUUCUCAAUAUCUCAUGGCACAGAGAACAAUUGAAGAUCGGCUAGAACAUUUACAGGAAAUAGAAAUAGAAAACACACCAAAACUAAGUGGUGAACUCCAGUUUCAAGAGGAUGAAUCUAUGAUGAAAUGUGGAUUUGGAGUGAUAAAAGGAACAACUGUUUCAGGGUCGAGAUCUGAAGUUAUGUUAUCACCUCUGUGGGACACACUGAGAGCAGGUGAAGGGACAAUGGUUAUGGUGGUAACUCGGGACAAAGAAGGUGAGACUGUGACAGCAUAUGGUGUUGUAAGAGCAGAGCUACUAAAUCCACAAGGGGCCAGAGAAAAUGUACCUGUUACUGACAGUGUUGGUGGCACUCACUCGCUAACUGUUCGAUUUUCAGAAGAGGGACAGUACAAUUUGAAAGUCUUUGUCGGUGAAGAAGAAGUUACAGGGUCCCCAUUUAGUUUGCAGAUACAUCCCCCAAGAGGAACUGUAAACAUAUUCGGCGGUGAAGGUACGGGGGCAGGAUUAUUCCAUUCACCAAAGGGGUUGGUAGUGGAUAACAAAGAUAGAGUUGUUGUUGUGGACAGAGACAACCAUAGAAUUCAAAUCCAGGACUGGGAGGGGCGUCACCAUGAUACUAUCGAAUUUUGUGAGUUUCCUAAGCAGUUUACACCAACAGAGAUUACAAUUUCCCCUGAUGACGACUAUUACGUGACAGACAUUGGGAAUCGUCAGAUUGUCGGAUUUAAAGAAGAUAGAGUGGUUGUCUCAACGUAUGGACAUGAUUUCAUCACAAAGCCAACUGGAAUUGCCUCGACUAAUGCCACUAUUUUAGUGACAGAAGCUACAAGAAAGGGUUGUUUGAAGAUUUUCCAGACAGACGAAGACGAUGUCAAAAGCAUCGGUAUCCAGAACAAACCUGCAUUUGUUAAGGUUGUAAACCAUAAUAAAAUAAUGAUCUCCGAUGCGAGUCAUCAUCGUAUCCAAGUGUUGAACAUGACAGGAGAUAUCAUAAAUUUGUUUGGAUCACGUGGUUCAGCAGAUGACCAGUUUAACAAUCCCCAAGGCCUGGACAUCGACAGAGAAGGCAACAUACUCAUAUGUGACUGCGAUAACAACAGGAUAAGUCUAUACAGCAGUGAAGGGACCUACCUUCGACAAGUAGUGACUAGUGGGACAGUCACCAAACCAUGUCGUAUUGCAGUUUCGAGGUGUGGACCACAGCGUAUCGCAGUAACGGAAUUCAACAAACACACAGUUAAAGUAAUCUACAUAUAG